AUGGAAGGGGCCCUAACUGCCCGGGACAAAGUUGGGGUUCAGGACUUUGUGCUUUUGGACUCGUACACCAGUGAAUCCGCUUUUUUGGAUAAUCUCCGCAAGCGCUUCCGAGAGAACCUCAUAUACACAUACAUCGGGACCCUCCUUGUCUCGGUGAAUCCCUACCAGGAGCUGGGUAUCUACACGAUGAAACAGAUGGAGCUUUACCAAGGGGUGAAUUUCUUUGAGCUGCCACCACAUGUCUAUGCCAUAGCGGAUAAUGCAUACCGUAUGAUGUGCUCUGAACUCAACAAUCACUUCAUCCUGAUCUCUGGGGAGAGCGGUGCUGGCAAAACGGAGGCGUCCAAGAAGAUUCUCCAGUACCUGGCAGUGACUUGCCCAAUGACUCAAUCACUACAGAUAGCCCGAGAUCGAUUAUUGCUCUCCAAUCCAGUCCUGGAGGCUUUUGGAAAUGCAAAAACUCUCCGAAAUGAUAACUCCAGCAGAUUUGGCAAGUACAUGGAUAUCCAGUUUGAUUUUAAGGGAAUUCCAGUAGGCGGUCAUAUCAUCAGUUACUUGAUAGAAAAAUCUCGAGUCGUUUUUCAAAACCAUGGAGAACGGAAUUUUCAUAUUUUCUACCAGCUGCUGGAAGGAGGUGAAGAUGACCUAUUAUCCUACCUGGGACUUGUGCGAAGCCCCCAGGCAUAUCUGUACCUUACACAGGGUCGAUGUGCCAAAGUGACUUCUAUUAAUGACAAGAAUGACUGGAAAACUGUAGUCAAAGCUUUCUCCAUCAUUGAUUUUAAUGAGACUGACUUGGAGAACCUUUUUGGCAUUGUCGCCAGCGUCCUACACCUGGGGAACAUUCAUUUUGUAGAAGAUGAAGCUGGAUGCAUCACUAUUCCUGACCAGAGCCAGAUCAGAUGGAUAGCAAAGCUGUUAGGCAUCCACUUGUCGGCUCUUGAGGAAGCUCUGACAUAUAGAAAGAUUGAAGCCAAAUCAGAAGAGGUCUUAUGCCCAUUGAAUAUAGAUCUGUCAGUCUACUCCAGAGACGCAAUGGCUAAAGCUAUUUAUGGACGGACCUUCACCUGGCUUGUCAACAAGAUCAAUGGCUCCCUUGCCAACAAGGACUUCACUCGAAAGACCGUGAUUGGGUUGCUUGACAUCUACGGAUUUGAAGUCUUUGAUAAGAAUGGUUUUGAACAGUUCUGUAUCAAUUACUGCAAUGAGAAACUUCAGCAGCUGCUGAUAGAGAUGACCCUGAAAGCAGAGCAAAUCGAGUACGAGCUGGAAGGCAUCGAGUGGGAGCCCAUACAGUACUUCAAUAACAAGAUUAUAUGUGACUUGGUAGAAGAGAAACACAAAGGAAUUAUUUCCAUUCUGGAUGAAGAAUGCCUCCGGCCUGGUACUCCUACAGACCUGAGUUUCUUGGAAAAAUUGGAAGAGAAAGUAGGGAAACACGCUCACUUUCAGACGUAUGUACUUGGCCCUUGAUGAGCUGUGGGCAAGUUCUUCUCCUUCAGCGCAUACGUGAUCCCUUGGAGAUUCUCUAAGCCACCCCCAAGGCAGCUGAUUUAUGAGAAUUUUUUAAA